AUGCCCGAUUCGCGACCCGAGGAAGAGGCUUCAUUGUUUCGAGGAUCGUCUUCAUAUUCUCUCAUAUCUUCAUCACCGUCGUCUCCUACCAGUCCACUUGCCCCUACUCUCUCGCCGUCGAUUCCAUAUCGAUCUAGCCACCAUUCACCGAACCUUCCCCUCUCUCAGCCCUCUUUCAAUACGCCCAAGAGCAGGUUGAACGCACGCAAGACAUCGGGUCUGUCUGAGAAAUCCAAAGGAAAACAGAGGGCGGUCAAUGCGAGUGAGGAGGAUGGCGGUGGAAAAGGAGCUGGAGAAACGGAUGACUUGGAUAACAUCGCGCGGUAUGAAGCGGCGGCGCCUGGAUCAACCCACGAUACGACCAAAGCAAGAUCACCUGGAAGACACGUCACGGUAGUGUUCUCCAAUGAAUCAGAGUCGGGAGGUGGGAACCUGGAACUGUGGAUUGAAGAUGGCGAGUCUGUGGGGUCAGUCAAAGAGCAGAUCCGUCACCUACGGCCCUCUCUCGCCCCCUUGUCUCUCCGACUGAUCCACGCUGGACGACUGUUGACAGAUGGGAUUCUCCUCUUACCGUGGCUACAAUCCCUCGAGGAUAGAGUUCGCCGUCAAGCUGGAGGUGUAGGCGGGGACGUUGAAUCAGUCCUGAAAGACGUGGGAUUUCAAGAUGAUGAACCUGAGCGUGAGACAGAGAGAAAAGGAAGUGCAGGUGAAACAACAGCGAGUCGUUUACGAUCGCGAUCCCGAGGACCUCGGGGGCAUGCGAGUCCUGAACGGAAAAUACGAGACAAGGAGAGAGUUUGGCUGCAUUGUAAUGUUGGUGGGAGAUUGGACGAAGAUAAGGACAAGGAAAAAGAGGAUGGAGAGGAGACGACACCCGCACCUCGUAGAAGGGGAUUCGACGUACUCCUCGAUGCGGGUCUUAGUCCUGCCGACGUUGCCAAUAUGCGACGACAAUUCUACGAGAGUAGAGGAGAGGAAGUACCAGAGGGUAUGGAUUUAGGGGACGUCAACGACGAGCACGCUAGAGCUCUAGAAGAACAAUGGAUCGAAGGAGAUUUAACGGCGGAAACAGCGACGACGACUUCGGAAGGAAUGUACACCUCGAUUUUACACGGUCUUUUGACCGGGUUCCUAUUCCCUCUCAUACCUUGGUUCUUCUUUCGCGAAUUGCCUCUGCCAAACUUUUUUGAUGCGGAUGCAGAAGCUAGAGGUGAAGACGAUACGACUGUCAGUGGGCGUGUAUCUAACAAUCCCGAUAUCGGAGGCGAGUUCUUACCUAGCGUGGUAUUUGGCAAGCGAAUGCAGAUGGGCAUCCUUUUGGGGACAUUUAUCAAUGUCGCCUUUGGAUGGCUAAGAUUUCUCAACUGA